UCCGGGUUUCGGCAGUCUGGUCCACAUCCACUCCUCAGCCGCGUUUCUCAACUAUUCAUACUCAUUGUACACAAACCAACGAGGAGCAGGCGGAUAAGCACAGCGCAGCAUCGAUCGAGGGCUGCUCCUUUAAGAAAGACUAAGCCUGAAUGAUCACCCCACCUCCUCCUGAUCUCCUUUAGAGGGCUUUUGCAUUAAAAAAAAUCAACUCAUGAGCCGUGAGUGAUCAAAAGAAAAACGAGAGAGCUGAAUUUUUGUGUGCAUUUGACUAUUAACAUUAGGUGUGCUAACCCGUGGAAGCGUGCCGCGGAUCAUCAUUCAUUCUGGGGCUACUUUGAUAAGCAUCGGCGUUUGAUUGACAGCCGGAGUGGCAAAAAGCCAUGAUAUAUUGCUAGUUUUGUUCUGAGGGGUAUUUUAACAUUGUUUUUUUGGAAAAUUAGACUGGCUUUUUUCUCCCUCUGUGGCUGUCCUGGCGAUAGCCAAGGACCUAUUCGCCGUUGCUUUGGACUGAACUUGAGCUGAAGAGGACUGGCUUUGCUUCAGCGUUCCCUUUACCUUGCAAGAAUUACGGAUUCUUGAAAGAUCUCGCAUUUGGAUUUUGAGUUUUCCUUUCUUCUUCACCCUGGCCUCUUAGGGGAUAUAUCCGAAGCGAACGGAGUCAAGAGGGAGUAGUGAUAUGGCGCAGCGGUACGAAGACUUGCCCCACUACGGGAUGGAUGGGGUCGGUAUCCCCACAACUAUGUACGGGGAUCCGCAUGGUGCCCGCUCCAUGCAGCCGGUCCAUCUGAACCACGGUCCCCAGCUUCACUCUCACCAGUACCCGCACACAGCACACAACAGCAUGCCUCCUAGCAUGGGAUCGUCCGUAAACGACGCCCUCAAGAGAGAUAAAGACCAGAUAUACGGACACCCCCUCUUCCCCCUGCUCGCACUGAUUUUUGAGAAAUGUGAAUUAGCAACAUGCACGCCGAGAGAGCCGGGGGUCGCGGGAGGAGACGUUUGCUCAUCGGAAUCUUUCAAUGAAGAUAUAGCCGUGUUUGCAAAACAGAUUCGGGCAGAAAAGCCGUUAUUUUCAUCAAAUCCAGAACUGGAUAACCUGAUGAUUCAAGCCAUUCAAGUUUUACGUUUUCAUCUUCUGGAAUUGGAGAAGGUACACGAACUAUGUGACAAUUUCUGUCACAGGUACAUCAGCUGUCUGAAGGGCAAGAUGCCCAUUGAUUUGGUUAUAGACGACAGAGAAGGAGGGUCCAAAUCCGACAGCGAGGAAAUCACAAGAUCAUCGGGGCCUCUUGAUCAGACCUCCUGGAACAGAGACCACGACGACACGGCGUCCACGCGCUCCGGGGGCACCCCUGGCCCGUCCAGUGGGGGACACACCUCGCACAGCGGGGACAACAGCAGCGAACAGGGUGAGGGGCGCCGGACACUAUUCAGCCAAUCAGAUUGUGAUGGCAUGGACAACAGUGUGGCUUCGCCGAGCACUGGAGACGAGGAUGACCCGGACAAAGAAAAGAAGAGGAACAAGAAGAGAGGCAUCUUCCCCAAAGUGGCCACCAACAUAAUGAGAGCCUGGCUCUUCCAGCACCUAACGCAUCCAUACCCAUCGGAGGAGCAGAAGAAACAACUUGCACAAGACACAGGCCUCACCAUCCUACAAGUCAACAACUGGUUUAUCAAUGCCAGGAGGAGAAUAGUUCAGCCCAUGAUUGACCAAUCAAACCGUGCAGUAAGCCAAGGAGCGCCCUACACUCCAGAUGGGCAGCCCAUGGGGGGCUUCGUGAUGGACGGGCAACAGCACAUGGGAAUCAGACCACCUGGACCGAUGACAGGCAUGGGCAUGAACAUGGGCAUGGAAGGACAGUGGCACUAUAUGUAGCCUCCCUCCAGUCAACCAAUCGCUGAUCAUAUGGGAAGACUGCAGGGCAUACCAGGGGACGACCUGUCCGAUGACAGGGCUGCUCUGCGGCCUGUCGGGCGGGGGGGGGGCGGGGGUGGAGAGAAGGGACCGGCCACAACAACUUCAGCUUCAAGCAGCUCCCAUCCCCCCCAGACCCCACCCCCUCCAACACCCGUCCCGGCAGAUCCACAGCCUGCUCCACGCCAUGCAGUGAUAAGAGGGGAACCCAGACCUUCCACCGACCCUCUGCCCGUUCCCUCUGCCAGCGUCCGAUUCCUGGACGACCCUAUUCAUCCCUCCACCGAAAGGCCGGACUGCCUAGCCCAGUAGACCCUAAGGGAUCCCUCUAUGAGAAGAAGCGAUUGAGAGAUAUGAAUAAUAACAGACUUGUAGGGUGUUUUCCUUACUCAAGACUAAAGACUUGUCGGGUGAUUUCCUUACUCAAGACUAAAGACUUGUCGGGUGUUUUCCUUACCCAAGACUAAAGCGAGAAGAGCAUCUGCUACUUACUGUGGACUCCUUGAAAAAAAAACAAAAAAAACAACUAGAAACCUUUUUGGAGGAACUCUGCCCAGGCUUCGUCUGACUGGCGAUGGGUUAGGACCAAGGAGAAGCCAAUGUCUGUAUUCAACGGGACGCUAACGAAACACAGGGGUGCCCUUCAAAACAUAGGAUUGAAGUGAGGAGCAGUAAGAGAACAAUGAAAAAGAAAGAGAGCUUGAAAGUAAGACUAUAUCAACUCCCGAGGAGGAGGCAGGAGCAAGGAGGCCAUAUUGUAUACUGUUGUAAAGCUUCGCUGGACUCUCAAAGAGAACUGGGAAUUUGAGUAUUGUAAAGGCUAUGGUAUUGUUCUGGAUAUUAUGUUGUUUCUAAUAGGGUUUUUUUUAAACAAAGGAUGUGAAACGUUAUUGUUUUUGUUUGUUUGUUUCCACACUAUGUGUGAGCUGUCCUUUGGACCUCCCAACUCCCUGUUAUAAAUCACCUUGCGUUUAAUUAAAAAAGAAAUGAAAAAUAUGUGAAUAAACCAAUAAUUCGAUCAAA